UAUCCACGUACGUGUUAUUUUCAUGACCACAUUCCAAAAGUCGUUUUCAACCCGUUUGGCUUUUGCGACCUAAUUUAAUUACUCUCUUUAUGGAAAGAAUUAUUGUAUCUUGUUUGUGCUAUGAAAUUAAAGAGUUAUUUACUUCUAAUAAAGGGGGUUUGAUCUUAAGAAAGCAUGCAGCAGCAAUUAUUAAUGUCAGAUAUGGAAGAUCCAAGGCCAAAAACCAUUAAAGAAAAGCUCGAGGCUUACAAGGCUGUGGCAUUGAAUACAUUCAACACCAAGCCUAUCUCACAUUGGAUCCUCUUAGCUCUAAGCAGUGGAGCAAUGCUCGUGGCAUUCCCCGCCUCCUCUCUACUGUCGCGUGUUUAUUACUCCGAUGGUGGGGAGAGCAAGUGGAUAAUCUCAUGGGUGGCUGUUGCCGGAUGGCCUAUCCCUGCAUUGGUCUUGAUUCCUACGUAUUUCGUCUUGGGAGUGUCUCCGACUCCUCUGAAUCUCAAGCUCGUCGUGUCCUAUGUUGUUUUGGGCUUCCUAAGCGCCGCUGACAACCUCAUGUACGCGUAUGGAUAUGCUUACAUGCCUGCAUCGACUGCUUCUCUGUUGGGAUCAACGUCCUUGAUCUUCUCAACGCUCUUCGGGUGCCUAUUGGUGAAGAACAAGAUCAAUGCCUCAAUCAUAAAUGCGAUUGUGAUCAUCACUGCUGCAAUGGUGAUCAUAGCCCUGGAUUCGGAUUCUGAUAGGUAUGGGAGCGUGACGGACAGGCAGUACGCGAUGGGGUUCAUAUGGAACGUGCUGGGGUCCAUGCUGCACGGCCUCCUAUUUGCUCUGUCCGAGCUCGUCUUUGUGAAGCUGCUCGGGAGGAGGUCCUUCCACGUCGUGCUGGAGCAGCAAGUGAUGGUUUCUAUGUUGGGCUUCGUGUUCACGACAGUGGGCCUCGUGAUCAACAAUGACUUCCAGAACAUGGCGUCCGAGGCCAAGAGUUUCAAAGGUGGUAGGAGUGCUUAUGUCUCUGUUCUCAUAUGGGGUGUGGUUACAUUCCAGCUAGGGAUUCUUGGAGCCACGGCCGUGCUAUUUCUGGCGUCGACUGUGCUGGCCGGGGUUCUCAACUCGAUACGGGUGCCCCUCACGAGCAUCGCGGCCGUUGCCAUACUGCAUGAUCCCAUGAGUGGUUUCAAGAUCCUAUCUCUCAUUGUCACCUUCUGGGGAUUUGCUUCUUACAUAUAUGGGAAUUGCACUCUAAGUAAAGACUCCUCAUCAUAAGUAGGUAUCAUAUGCAUCUUCUUCUUUUUUUUGUGUGUGUGUGUGCAAUAACUUGCAAACUACAAUUUAAAAAUCAGACCUUUAUCUCUUGUGUUAUGAUGUACAGGUAUCGAGUAUUUUUUUUCUGCAGAUCAAAUGUACUAAAUUUCAGCCUUGUUUAAAAUGGUACUAUUUGAUGAUUAUAGAUUAUAGUGAAAGGUUUUAUACAAAUAAA